GUUGUUGAUACUGUAUAGUUGGAACUAAUUAGAUAAUUAGAUAUAUUUCGAUAUAUCUUUGUAAUUGAAUCCAAAAUGUAUUUUUGAUGGAAUAACUACCUCCAGUUGAAUCUCCAAUCAUCGAUUCCCUGUAAAAAUACUUUCUCCUAAAUCAGAAAUAUGUCCACUUUCGAGGAAUUCAUCCAGAAAGCUGAGGACACAGAUGGUAUCCGGUUCACAUGGAAUGUUUGGCCAUCGAGUCGCUUAGAAGCGACCAGAUUAGUUGUUCCUAUCGGUGCACUUUAUCAGCCGCUAAAAGAACGUCCAGAUUUACCUGCGAUACAAUACGAACCUGUGUUUUGUAGUCGUACGACUUGCCGGGCGAUUUUAAAUCCCUAUUGUCAAGUCGAUUACAGAGCUAAAUUAUGGGUGUGCAACUUUUGUUAUCAAAGGAAUGCGUUUCCUCCUCAAUACGCAGCUAUAUCAGAACAACAUCAACCAGCGGAAUUAAUACCGGCUUUUUCCACCAUAGAGUACACAAUUUUGAGAUCGCAAUGUCUGCCUCCUAUUUUCUUACUGGUCGUCGAUACGUGUUUAGAUGACGAAGAAUUAGUCGCUUUGAAAGAUUCGUUACAAACGUCACUCAGUUUAUUACCUCCGAAUGCGCUGAUUGGGUUGAUUACUUUCGGCAGAAUGGUCAUGGUACACGAGUUGGGAAUCGAUGGAGUAUCUAAAAGCUACGUAUUCCUAGGUACUAAAGAUUACACCGCUAAAAAAGUCCAAGACAUGUUAGGUAUCGGUAAAGGAGCCGGUAUUCCUCAAGCUGCUCAACAUGGAAGACCUGGCGCAGCUCCUGCACCCCAGUCCCUUCCAGUGAACAAGUUCUUACAACCGGUGCAAAUGUGUGAUAUAAACAUUACCGAUAUAUUAGGAGAGUUGCAACGUGAUCCUUGGCCAGUUCCUCAAGGCAAACGAGCUUUAAGAUCAACCGGAGUCGCUUUAUCAAUCGCUGUCGGACUUUUAGAAUGCACAUAUCCAAACGCUGGCGGUAGAAUUAUGCUAUUUAUAGGAGGUCCGUGUUCUCAAGGGCCUGGUCAAGUCGUAAAUGAUGAUCUGCGAGAACCCAUCCGGUCUCAUCAUGAUAUCCAUAAAGAUAACGCGAAAUACAUGAAGAAAGCUAUCAAACAUUACGACGCUUUGGCUCUGAGAGCUGCCACUAAUGGACACACUAUCGAUAUUUAUUCAUGCGCUUUAGAUCAGACUGGCUUAUUGGAAAUGAAAAGUUGUGUAAAUAGUACCGGAGGACUUAUGGUUAUGGGAGAUUCUUUUAAUUCAACGUUAUUCAAGCAAUCAUUCCAAAGAGUUCUGUCGAAAGACCAAAGCAAUAAUUUGAAAAUGGCGUUUAUUUCGAAUGUAGAAGUGAAAACAUCUCGAGAAUUGAAAGUUAUGGGAGCUAUUGGAAACUGCGUAUCGUUAAACACCAAAGGCCCCUGCGUCUCAGAUACAGAAAUCGGUCUCGGCGGAACCAGUACCUGGAAAUUCUGCUCACUUACUCCAACCACCACCUCUGCAUUCUUUUUCGAAGUCGUGAACCAGCACGGAGCCCCAACGCCGCAAGGAGGUCGAGGAUCCAUACAAUUUAUUACGAAUUAUCUUCACGUUAGUGGGCAGCGUCGCGUUCGUGUCACCACCAUCGUUCGAAAUUGGGUAGAUGCGACUCAAAAUAGCCACUACAUUAGCAGCGGAUUCGAUCAAGAAACAGCAGCAGUGAUUAUGUCCAGGAUGGUAGUCAAUCGAGCUGAAUCCGAUGAUGGGCCCGAUGUAAUGCGAUGGGCGGACAGAAUGUUGAUCAGAUUGUGUCAAAAAUUCGGCGAGUACGUCAAAGAUGAUACGAACAGCUUCCGAUUACCGGAGAACUUUAGCUUGUAUCCUCAAUUUAUGUAUCAUUUGCGACGAUCGCAAUUUUUACAAGUAUUCAAUAACAGUCCUGAUGAGACAUCUUUCUAUAGACACGUACUCAUGAGAGAAGAUCUAACUCAAAGUUUAAUCAUGAUUCAGCCAAUUUUGUACAGUUAUAGUUUCAACGGACCUCCAGAACCUGUUCUAUUAGAUACCAGUAGCAUUCAGCCCGAUCGUAUAUUAUUGAUGGAUACAUUUUUCCAGAUAUUAAUUUUCCACGGAGAGACUAUUGCACAAUGGAGAGCGAUGCGUUACCAGGAUAUGCCUGAGUAUGAAAAUUUCCGACAGUUAUUAGAGGCUCCUGUUACCGAUGCUCAGGAAAUUCUCGCCAAUCGGUUCCCAAUGCCUCGAUACAUCGAUACCGAACAAGGAGGAAGUCAGGCUCGUUUCUUGCUUUCGAAAGUGAAUCCUUCGCAGACCCAUAAUAACAUGUACGCGUACGGAGGUGUUGCGAUGUCUCCCCAAUCGACGGAAGGUGCUCCUGUCCUCACAGAUGAUGUCAGUUUACAAGUAUUCAUGGAACACUUGAAAAAAUUAGCAGUUUCUUCAACUACAUGAUCGUAUUGAAAUUUUGUUAUUGUAUGUUUUAUUUAUUUAUUAAAAAAAAAUUACAUAAUUGUAUCACGUUAUCAA